AUUUCAGAUUCUUUGAUUUUAAAAUGGUUGACGUUGAAAUUAUAGAGAUGUAUAUUCCAAAUAGUCCUUCCACGCUCAUCUAUAUACCUGGGAUCACCAGCUCUUUAACCCAACCGGAGCUAUAUUCAACCCUCCAUCAAACCUUCUCUAAGUUCGGGUUACUUUAUCAGGUGAGUGUUAAGAAUGUAGAUUCCGAAUACUACACAUACAUCAGAUACUACUCAGCCCGCGCUGCGAGUAGAGCUAGAGCUGCUGCACUCAGAGGAGAGAUCGCAAUAAAGGAUUCUGGACCAGUCCGUGUGACAGGGUUGUCAAGAUCAGGGUUUCCUAAUGUUCCUUUAUCACGAUAUAAAUGUGAAGAGUUGGCCAACUUCUACUUAGGAUUCAGUGGGUGGCGAAGUAAGGUUCUAUAUCACAGGAAGGAAGAAUCUGAUCCACUGAUGGUUAAAUACGUGUCAGUUGUUAGUCUUGAGUUCCCUCGAGAUAGUGUGAGCUGUGAAGGAGCAGGGUUAUGUGAACAACCUCUAGCUUCGGCAGAAGAAGAAGGUGAUAGCUAUAUUGAUAUUAUAACAAAAACUGCAAAACGAAGUCUUGGAGAGGCUUUCCUAGCGGCCUGGGGAAAAGUUCUGUUGAUUGUUGUUGAAGGAAGCAAGGUUCAGGUGCAGAUAAAUACAACAAAAGAAGAUCAGUUCUUAUAUAAUCCUGUCUGGGAUGAACCUGUUGUAUCUGUGUCUGAGGUUGAGUACACGCAGGAUGCAGAGAAUGAAGACGAGGUUUGACGAGAAAGGAACGGAAAAUGAGUUUCUAAUCCUACGCGACGGCUGGAAUCAAACUCGUACGAUUAUUCGGAACUUGAAUAUUAAUGCGUAAUUAUUUAUUAAUUAAUUAAUAAUCAAAGAUCGCUACAAUGCUACAAAUGACAUUUGAAGGAGCUGUAAUAAGUUUGACUAAGGUCCUUGUAUAGAAUAUUUUGUGUGGGCUUGUCGCUAUUUAGAUACAAUUUUGUUUGAGGAGAACUUGGGGCUAGCCAACCGUCCCAAUCACAAUACAGUACAUCUCAACUUCGACUUAUUAAAGUUGCGGUGGUUUAAAUUCUACAACUACAUUUACGAUUACAGCUCGCGACUGAGGUAGUAUACUUAUAGUAUGGCUGUUAUGAUAUAUUUGUUUUUGUUUACAUAAAAACCAGUUCAUUGGCUGUAUAAACACGUCGCAGUACACAUUAUACUACUGGAUAAACAAUCCUACUUUAAAGUAUAAUUCUAUACAUUCAGCAAGAUCUUGCUGAAUGUAUAGAAUGUACAAUGUACAAUGUACAAUGUAAAAACCUACUGAGAUUGAGAUAAAGAUAAAAUGAUAAAUGAAUUGUGAUCUACAAACUUCUUGUGAUAUAAUAUCUGUGAUUAAAUUGAUAAAAUACACAUGGCUGUAUUGGGAA